AUGCCAACUACAACAACAGUGCAACCUAACUCUAUUACAGCUCAUGUUCAUCCUCUUGUCUUACUUUCAGCUACAGAUCACUACAAUCGUGUAGCUAAAGAUACAAAGAAACGUGUCGUCGGUGUUUUACUCGGUCAGAAUAAAGGCAAAACCGUUAACGUUUCCAACAGUUUUGCAGUUCCUUUCGAAGAAGAUGAGAAGGAUCCGUCCGUAUGGUUUUUGGACCAUAACUACGUUGAAGCAAUGAAUGAUAUGUUCAAAAAAGUGAAUGCAAAGGAAAAGUUGAUCGGUUGGUAUCACAGUGGACCCAAACUUCGUUCGUCAGACUUGGAAAUCAAUGAAUUAUUCAAAAGAUAUACACCUAAUCCAGUACUCGUCAUUAUCGACGUUAAGCCUAACGAUGCAGAAAUCCCUACUGAUGCUUAUUUCGCAAUUGAAGAAAUCAAAGACGACGGUACAACCACUACAAAGACAUUCAUGCAUGUCCCAUCAGAAAUUGUUGCGGAAGAAGCUGAAGAAAUCGGUGUGGAGCAUUUACUAAGAGACAUCAAAGACAAUGCUGUGGGCACUCUAUCCACUCGCAUCAGUAACCAGCUUUCCUCUUUAGGCGGAUUACAAGGUCGAUUAGAAGAAAUCCGCGAUUAUUUAGCCAAAGUCGUCGCUGGCAAAUUACCUGUAAAUCAUCAAAUCAUUUACAAUCUGCAAGAUAUGUUCAAUUUAUUACCUAAUCUCGAAAGUCAAGAAAUGGUCAGCAGUUUCAGCACAAAGACCAAUGAUCAAUUAUUAUUGAUUUAUCUUUCUAGUAUGAUUCGUGCUGUUAUCGCGCUUCAUAACUUGAUUGAUAAUAAGAUUGACAACAUGAAGAAUGAAAACAUGUUAGAGAACAAGCAACAAUCGUCGGCAAAUUCACCUCAGCAACAAUCCAACUCACAAGAAGAUAAAGAAAAGGGGGAGGGAAAGGAUGAUAAGAAGAAGGAUAAAAAACCAGCAGACGACGAUAAGAUGCAAAUUGAUUAA